AUGUCAGGUGUCUUGGAAAUUUGUUUUAACGGGACUGGAAGUCCGGCGUCUCCAAGUGCUAUUGCUGCUAAAGAACUUUGCAACGCCAACCUGUAUGACCCCUACGACAAGGAAUUUGAGGAGCUUCUCUACAAAUGCCUUACAAAAGCCCCGCUAGAAGCGCUGGAACAAAUUGAUCUGAAACAGGAGAAAAAUUGGGUUUUGUUUGCUGAUGGGUACUACUUUCCCAAAUCUGGUCACGAAUCCAUGGAUAGAUCAAGCCGUGGACAUGAAUUUCUCAUCGGCCUUACCACUGGCGAGUGGGCAUUUUUUGAAAAUCUUUUUGCGAAAUACAUGGGCAGGACGGAUUACUCUAGCGCUAGAUUUCGCAAAACUAUCACUGCCUACAUGGGGAUUUCCGACGACCGGCUUGAUACUUUGGAGAACUUUUACACUCAAAAUGAGACAGUGAUUACAGCCGAGCAAUGGUUUUGGUUUGAAGUCGUGGUCAACUCAAUGACCGACCUUGUCUUUCAUGUUCCCAUAGUCAGCGAAGUCGAAAAGCUAAGGAAUGCUAGGGUGCCUCCUUCGUUGUUUGUUUACACCUAUAACGCGACUUUGGCGGCCCGAUCUUGGGAUGAGAAUCGGCACGCAUCGCAUUCUGAUGAGCUCCCAUGGCUUUUUGGAGAUUUGAAAAAAAUCAUAACGGAAUCUCCGGGCUACCGAAAGGUUUUGCUCUUUUUGCCAAAAACGGAGUUUGAUUGCGGCAAAACGAGUGUGGACCCAAUUUCGUGGAACUUCGGCUCAAGAAAGCUCAAGAUCCAUCAAGGAGUAGAUUCUAGAGAUUCCAGCUACCCCUAUUUUGUUCGUGUGGAACACGUGGAUGAGACAACUAAUCUGAAGACCAAUUGCGGCGGAUCCUACAUUGCUCCAAAAUGGGUUAUGACGGCGGCAAGCUGCGUCCGAAAAAACGUCCGGUGGUACUACUAUUUGAGUUACAGGUUCAGGCAAGGCAAUAAAGUCGAGAUACAAGCUCAAAGUCAAACGGCUCGCGUUUGGGAACAUGGUGACGUCGCUCUUUUAGAGCUGGAAACGGAUAUUGACACCAGUGAUGAUUUCGGAAGGCGAGUAUGUCUCGAAGCUAGAGGCUUGACACUGAAAGAACCGAUGAUUGCUUUUGGAAUGGGAGACGGAGAAAAAGCCAAAGUACAAGAGGCCGUUUUACGCGCUGACUGUCUUGAUGAGCAAGACACCUUCUGUGGUCGCGGAAAGGCCACUACCAAGGCAAAUGUCCUU